GCGCGACGCGCCCGGCGAGGGACCCGGGAGCUGAGGGGCAGAGCUGGGCUCGACUCGUCCCGCGGGUUUCUCUGCCGGGCAGCGCGGUGUGGGCCGAGUGGGCACGGUCCCGAGCCCCGCGUGGGCCGGGGGGCUGGUGGGGCCGCGGCCCGGGCCCCUGAGGCGGCGGGGCUGCGUGCGCGAGCUUGGCGCCAAAGGUGCCCUGGGGAGAGGCUGCUCGGGCGGGAAGGGAGCGGUUUCCCCUCCGCAGUGCCCCUCACCCGGAGUCUGUAACUCUUGCUUUGGACUCUUAAUAAAGCGUAUGAUAGGAGCACAAAAGUGCGAUACGAUAUGUUAGUGCGGAUUGUCGUCUUUUUGUUUCUCGGCUUUCCCCAAAUAGUCGAAGUAGUUUCCGUUGAUGGGACACUGGUGGCAGGGCGGUGAAAUCCCCUGUAGGAAGUCGUCUGUGGUAGUUCUUAAGGCAUUUGUGCAUUUUCCUGUAUCCUGCUUACUAAGGUGGCUUUGAUUUAACGGCAAAUGCUUCACAAUGAAGUGUUCUCAGAGUUGUGAAUGCACACUCUGUAAUUUUUCAGCCUAUUUUAAGUUAUUCAUUACAUGUGAGCUAUUAGUAAGACUGUGCAGUUAGCUGAGUUUUGUAUGCACACAGAUAUUUGUAAGAGAACCUAAGUGUGCCAUGUGAGUAAGGUUAAGGGUAUAUUUGGCAGAUCAGCAUACACUAGAGCCUCUUGUUCGUGACCCACUUUCUUUGCUGAAAACACUUUGUUUUCUAGUUGGAUUUUUUUUUUAGGCCUGUUUGCAAGACAGAAAUUGUCGAGGAAGAUUCCUCAUGAUAAAACGGAUGUUGUAGGUAGGAGGUGGAUGAUUUUUAUUUGAUGGUAUUUUCAAGCUUAAUCAACCUGAGAGCCUCCAAAGGCUGUGGUACAGUUCAAAGGCUACAUCACAAGCCCUUGGAUUCUUCAUGCCAAUCACAGCUGCUGCAAAUUAACCGUUUUUGGUAUCUAAUGCCAAAUUUAUUUGUGAAAACUCUGAAGUUUGUUGGCAGUGCCAGUCUAAAUCUUGGUGCCAUCACCCUUGUUGCAUAAUAACACUCUUUAGAUGUUACAGAUCAUGGCCAAAUCUGUGCUCUCCUUUGUAAGAAAAGACUUUUCUGCAGUUUCUGUUAUUUGAGUUCAUUUUUGAUUGGUGCUUAUUUAAGUUAAUGUGUGAGCCUUAUAGGAGGACAUACCUGCAUUAAUAACAGGCCUGGCUGUCUUUGCUCUAAGCUAUUCAACAAUGUUUGCUUUUCUCAGAUCAGGUAUUUUUCAUCUGAUGCCUGUCUGACAUGAAGGUCAUGUUGCUGUUCAAGCAAUCUAUAGAGAACGUAGUUGCAACAGUCAGAGGAAAGCUGAAAGCACUGGAAUUAAAGCUGACUGCAAUUAACGUAUUAGUGUAAUUUUCACUAUCAGUAGAAAUGUGGAUAGUCUAAGCCUAUGAUAUUUGUAUUAAGAUUUGAAGCAUCGCUUGUGAAAUCGUUGUCGAAAGAUGUUUGGUUCACGUAGGAAACCAAACGGGGACUUUCUGAGUUUAUCCCAUGUAAGUUGCUAUAAUCACUGCUAAUUGAUAUGUACGUUAAAAUGAUGCCAAAGUGUUCAAGUGAUGCUAACUACUCUGUGCUGUACUUCAGAAUGUUAUUGAUCUUGGUAUGGACAGGCACGUAAAAUUUGCUAGAAAUGGCUAUUCUGAAUUUCUCGCAAUGCUGUGAGAUGUUGAAAUCAGUAGGAUGGUAGCAUUUGUGAAGGUCAGGUCUGGUGAAGUAGGUUAAAUUGUUUUUUUCUUAAGUAGUGGAAAGAAAAAGAUAUUCUGAAAGGACAUUCUUUUUCCAGAUGUUAUGAAUGAGAUAUGAUAAGUCUCCAGCCAUCUUCUAAGUACAACUCUGCCAUCUGUCAUUUGAGCAGAGAAAAGUGUUAAAUGAGCCUUUAAUGGAACUUUGUGAUUGCAAAUCCUUAUCAGAGAUAUGGUGUGUACUGAUUUAGGUACCUUUGAUAAGUUGCACUGCUGCAGUCCAUGCUCCUCUAGAGUAAGGAUGUCCCUUUUGGGAAUGCACCUUGAGACAAAUGCUGGGCUGGGAGCUCUCCAUGCUGGCAGAUGUUCUGCAUCAGCUGUUUUGUGCCUGUUGAUCUUGACUGGCUGAUGCUCAGCGUUGCAGUGAUAGAAAAGGAAUGGAACAGAUCUGGGUUCUGGGGGCAGGAUACCAGUCUGAGAGAUGCUGCAAUAUUUUAAGCCAAAAUUAAUUUUAAUUUGGACGGCAGACUCUGCUGCUCUGUUGUCUGUAGGCUGUCGUGUGGCAGCCCAGGCGUCCCAAGUGGCCGGGCUUUUUAGCUCCACUUGCUUCCCACAGAGCCUAUUUCACACACAGUUCCACCUAAACUCCUGUUGAGUGCUAUUCUAUACCCUUCUGGUGUGGUCUUCAGAGUAUUUUAGAGUGUAUAAAAACCUAAAUCUAAGAUGGAUGUGAAAAGUAGUAUAAUUUUCUUUUGAACAUAAGUACAAUAGAAAUAAUGAUUUGACGUUAUUUUAAAUUACCAGUUAAUUGUGGCAUCUGGCUAAUGAUACUGCGCAGAAUACAUUGCAGUAAUGUGGAAGUUCAGGAGUUGAUUAAUCCAGAGAAGUCUAAACCCAGCAGAAGCUCUUCCCUAUUUACUCAGUUGUAGACAAAACCCUCUCUUCACACAAUUGUGUAGGAGCUCUUAGAAGUCUGAAAACAUUAUCACAUUGCCAUAAGAAUAAUUCCAACAGUCUCAAGUCUUUAUUUCAGAGCCAGUGAUGUUUUUAUUCUCCGAAAAGGUCCUCAUGCAAAGAGUUACACAGCUGUCAUGCUAGCAGAGCUUGAUGGAAAUGACACAGUGAGGGGAACCCUCUAACACUGUUCAGCAGAGUUGAUUUUAACACUGUGGAGUAGCAGCAGAGUGCUCUUUGAAAUAGCAAUCUCAUUUCAGUUUUAAAUAUAUUAUUGUAUCUUGCUUGUGAUAGUAUCACUGCACUACUGUAGUGUUACUGAGUGAUUUCGAGAGAGCAGCUGGAAAGGUUUUCUGGAAUGGGAGGCUGUGACUCUGCAGACCCCUCUCACUAUGUCCCAGUGCUGUGGAUGAGUAUAGGAGAAGUUUGGUAUGUUGUUACUUGGGGGUUUCUCACAGUACUGGUCCUUGGAAUGGACUGCCAAGUGGAAAUCAGCUCUUCAGAAAUUUUGUGAGUGCUAGUAUUAUUAUAAUUAUUAUUGGUUUAAAGUGACUAAAUGUGUAUUAGUUUUGGUGGAAAUGCCUCUUCAUUUGCUGCUGUUAGUGCAUUAGUGACAUAUAAUGGGAUUUUUGUUAUUUUAGUAGAACAGUGGAAUUUUGCUUGUUUUUUUUCUUUUUUCCACUAGAUGGCCCAAGCAUGCCUCCAAGUACCCCAUGAGACUGGAAACUUAAUUUAUUUCUCUUUUAACUGAAAUUAAAGUUCUAUAUUAUGUAGUAUGUACCAACCUGUGUGAUGCUUUAUGCUUGUUUAAAAUACAAACACUUUAUAUCAACCAAGAGAGUAUUGAUUUUUUGGGGGGGGAUGGCUUGACUUUUGCUGCCUAGGGUUUUCAUAACAACUUUACAGUUAAUUUCAGUCGUGUAUAGAUGUGGGCAGUGGGUUCUGAAUAGGUUGUUAAAUGUACAGACUAAUUUGCCUGUUUCAGUUUAAAAGGCAUCAAAUAUAAGCUUGUUAUGAGUGUCUUUUUGGUUAGUGGGGGAAGAUGGGUAUGCACUGAAGACAGCUCUUCCGUGAGGGUAGUUAGGCACUGGAAUGAGGCUGAAGAAGUGGCAGGACGUUCAUCCAUCCAGAGUGACAUUCAAAACUUAACAGGACUGAGCCCUGGGCCAGCUCUGACUGGAAUAUUGAACUAGGUGACCUUGAGAGGUCCCCUUCAGCCUUAAUUAUUCUGCAAUUCCAAAAUGAAAUUUUAUUAAUUCUUUUGCUCUACUGCUGUUUAAACCAAAAAUAAAUAUAAGGAUAAUGGAUAGUUGUCUUUCUGAGCUAGUUGUAACACAAGUAUUUUGAAUUAAGUUCCAGCUUUCCUUUGCUUCUGAGGGCCUUGAUGUGGAGGUGUUAGACCACCAGAAAAAGGAAGUCCGUCUGUGAGUGCUCUGAGCGUACUUUUCCUCCUUAACUUGCAAUCCUCACUGGGGGAAAGAAAGCCAUGCAAAGGGAAUGCUCUAUCCCUUCAUUUCACUGCUGUACUUGCCAAGUGCCAUCUCUUGCCUUAUGUUUGGUAUUGUUACUUCUAAUGUCUCUCUUUAACAGGUGUGACAGAUUUUCUCUUACUCCAUUCCUUAGGAUCUUUCCUAGAUUUUCUCUUUUGCUCUUUAUAGAACAGAGGCAGCAGUUGUUCCUUCCUCUGCAUCUGUGUUCCUUUUUUCCUUCCUUUUCCCAUUGUCAGUAUUUGUUCUGUCCUGCCAUCUUCCUGCUUCUCUUCCCUUUUCUGGCUGGAAACAAAUGAAUGUGUUCACAUGUACCAGAAGGAUGGACAUAAAUGGAGUGUUUUGGUGACAGGGAUAUUGCUGCCUGCAGUCAGUUCUGCAGACAGAGGUAAUCUGCUCUAGUUCACAGCCCUACCAAUAUGUGUUCAUUAUGCAUUUGCAGUAUUUUGGUCUCCUAGUUUCUUCCUAAGUCAACAGCUUUUAGUUUAUUGAGCAAUGUGCCAGUGGAGCCAGGUACAGAGAAAUUUCUAAAGAUACUGUUUUUGUGAUAGAUUUGUGUGUUUACUAGGAUUUCUUUCCUGGACUGGUACACUCUUCACUUUGUGUAGGACAUUGGCUGCAUGGCCUCAUAACUGCUGUUAUUAGCAAUACAGGCUUAACUUUGUGACUGGAAACUAAACUGAUGAAAGCAAUUCCAUUUUCAGUGUCCUGGUAGUGGAAAACAUAACUAUAGGUAUACUAAAAUGUUAGUAGUAGUAUAUUUUGGUUAGUAUCAUAAGUUAUGGUUUAGUUCUAAUUUUUUUACCAAACAAAUUUGAUAGCAAUUGUGAAAUGGGAUGAGUUUAAAAAUUGUGUUUCUAGCAAAUCUUUGAUGCAACAGAAACAGGUGUAAUUUGUCUACAUAUAUUAUUGCAAGUAUUAUAUGGAACCUUGGUGUAAAAAGCAUUCCAAUCAUGAUGUGAUGGUUUUUCAGCUAAUAUCUCAGUCAGGUCUCAAAAUUUUGCACUUCACAUGUUUUUAGUAACUGUGGACAGUUAAAGCAGGUAGUAAUAAUUGUUUUCAGGCAAAGAUUUCAUGUAUCUGUUGUACGUAGUACAAUAAUGUGCUUUUUGUAUCUAGGGGUACAGAAUGACAUUUUGCAUCUAGGGGUACAGAAAUUAUAUUUUAGGGUGAACAAAAAUAGUGAUGGACAUGAUAUCAGAAAGGUGUUGUGUUUCAUACUUAGUGCAGGUACAUAGUAGUACCUCCUAAAUACAUGUGGGCAUUUUGGAUAAGUGGAUGUAGUGCCUUUGGGUGCAUGGCAUAGCAACCAUGAUGUGGUACCAUUUGAAAACUGGAUAAAGCUGCAGAAGGUUACAGUGUCAGAUGUCACUAGUAGAUUUGGGAAAGAAACUUUUAGAAGCUGCACGAGCAGGUCAAGAUGAUGAAGUUCGCAUUUUGAUGGCAAAUGGAGCACCUUUUACCACAGACUGGUUGGGAACGUCUCCACUUCAUCUAGCAGCACAGUACGGACACUACUCCACCACAGAGGUGUUGCUGCGAGCAGGUGUGAGUCGGGAUGCCAGAACCAAAGUGGACAGAACUCCAUUACAUAUGGCAGCAUCAGAAGGCCAUGCCAGCAUAGUAGAAGUCUUACUUAAGCAUGGUGCUGAUGUCAAUGCAAAGGACAUGCUCAAAAUGACUGCACUUCACUGGGCUACUGAACAUCACCACCAAGAAGUUGUAGAACUCUUGAUAAAGUAUGGAGCGGAUGUUCACGCUCAGAGUAAAUUUUGCAAAACGGCAUUAGAUAUUGCAGUAGACAAUGGAAAUGAAGACAUUGCAGAAAUAUUACAGAUUGCAAUGCAGAACCAAAUCAAUACAAAUCCCGAGAGCCCGGACACUGUGACGAUACACGCAGCCACACCGCAGUUCAUCAUUGGACCUGGAGGGGUGGUGAACCUAACAGAUGAAACAGGAGUGUCUGCUGUACAGUUUGGAAAUUCAUCAACAUCAGUAUUAGCUACGUUGGCAGCUUUAGCAGAAGCAUCAGCUCCACUGUCUAAUUCUUCAGAAACACCAGUUGUGGCCACAGAAGAAGUUGUGACUGCAGAAUCUGUGGAUGGGGCCAUUCAGCAAGUGGUCAGUUCUGGAGGUCAGCAGGUUAUUACCAUAGUUACGGACGGCAUUCAGCUGGGUAACCUGCAUUCCAUUCCGACCAGUGGGAUAGGGCAACCCAUCAUUGUGACCAUGCCAGAUGGGCAGCAAGUGUUAACAGUUCCAGCAACAGACAUUGCUGAAGAAACUGUAAUAAGUGAAGAACCUCCAGUGAAGAGACAGUGCAUUGAGAUUGUUGAAAAUCGCGUGGAGUCUGCAGAAAUAGAAGAAAGAGAAACUCUUCAGAAACAGCUGGAUGAAGCAAACAGAGAAGCACAAAAAUAUCGUCAGCAGCUUCUAAAGAAGGAACAAGAAGCAGAGGCUUAUCGGCAGAAGUUGGAGGCAAUGAACCGCCUCCAGACUAAUAAAGAAGCUGUUUAAUAAAAAAUGAACACACUGCAAAGCCUGUUACUUUCAAAAACCUGCAGUACAAUCUUGAACUGUACACUAUAUAGGUACAGCCAUGGGAUUUCAUGAUAGAGAAGAUGCUACAAGUUGAUAACUGGACUUAAGCCGUGAGCUCUGAUUAAUUUCUUGUAACAUAAAAACUCUGAAUUUAGAAAUUGUGAAAAGUAUUUAAAAUUAAAUACUGUAAAUAGUUGGUUUUUUUACAGUUUCAAAAUGAGUUGAUAAAUCUUUUUGAAGGGAUCCAGAAACAUGAAAAGCCAAUGUUUUUGUGAAAUUUUUGAUUUUAGUAUGAAUCUAACUUCUGAAAAACAGAACAGUUUUAAGGGUGAUGUUGAUUUAAGCUGACAAUUUGAAAUUUGAUUAUGUGACAAAAUUAAUUAACAGUUAUUUCUACAUGAUAACAACUCAACUUCUCUGAAUAAGACAUUUCCAGGUGGAAAUCUUUGUACAGCUUUAAGUAGUUGUCUCGGAUUCUCUGAAAACCAUUUUUGGUUGUUUUUUUUUAUUUUAGGUGGUGAAAUUUUUAUAUUUAAUUUCAGAUAUAUCCAAGUAGAUUUACAUGUAUAUGAAGCUAAUAUUUUUUAAACUUUUCAGUUUGUACAUAUGCUGCAUGUUUUUAUAAUUUCUACACAUACAUCUUGCAUAGGUAUUUUUCAGCAAAGAUGAGAAAAAUUAUGAGAAAAAUGUUUAGCCUAUAGGUCAUUUGAAGUAAGCUAGCAGCCAGUUUUAUUGUGGAUGGUAUAUUUCUUGGAAGAAUGUAAUUUGUAAUUAAGAAGAACAAAAAAGUAUCUUAAUUUACAUAUUAAGAGGCAAAAUUUGGUAGUGGAGGUGUUAAAACUUCCCUUUGUUUGUCUUACAAUUUUCCUGUACAAAUAUUUUAAAGUUCAGAAAUAAAUAGAAAAGAACAUCUCCACUGGAACACAAAUAGUAGCUAUUUUAGAAUAACCCUGUUGAUCUCUUCCCCAAUAGCCUUGAAAUUACUUCAGUGAUACAUUUUUUUUAACGGACUUUUGCAUUUUAAUUACGCAAUUGGACAAGUAAUUUUUUAUGUAAGAGUGAUGCUCUUCCUACCCGGCAUCAUUGUUCCUCACUGUGAUACUGUGUUUGUGUGUGUCUGUGCAGUGAUCUAUUAUGCUUAAAAUUUAUAUGGCACGUUACAUCUUCAGAGCAUUGUAAAAUCUUUUAAACAGCCCUUACUGCACUGCCUGAGGCAGGUAAAUGAGAGUUAUUGUCUCGGUUUUAUAACUGGUUCAAGUGCAACAUGAGGGAGUGUUAAAUGACUGGCUUAACACCGCGUGCACCUGUGGUCACCUGGGAGUGGAUCUCAGGAGUUCCUGGCUUCUAGUCCUGUGCUUAGACUGAGCUGCCUUAAGAUUGUUCAGUGCUGUGUUACAUUAAAUUUUGAACUACUGUGCAGAUCCGUUUUUUGUAAGAUAAAACUAUUUGUGCUUUGCUUUGUCGUUCCAUGUUCACUGCUUUUAUGGAAUUGUUUAUAUAAACUUAAGCAAAAAGUCUGGUUUAUCUAUACUGUACACGGAAAAAUUACCCUUAAAACUGUACUCUGGCCUACUUUUUCUAUUUUACAAUUAAAUAUCUUUUCCACAUAUA